UAGUGGGCUGAACUGUUGAACUUGCCCACUGUUGGGCUGACGGGGAGCCUAAUGAACUGAUGAACAUCAGCUGCGGCUGAUUGCACAGCCGGUGGGACUCUGGGACUGAAAAGCGGAGAGCUGGGCAUUGUGUGUGGGUCUGGGGAGCGUGUUGUGUGCGGUGUGGCUGCGUUCACUCCGGGAGCGGGUGGGUGUCGUUCGCAGCUGUUUAGGGCGGCCGGCGACGAAGACAGAUACGGUAGCGGGGUUAGACCGUUCCAGCGUUAGGAGGGGAGGCCUGCUGCCUCCUGUAGUUAGUUAGGGCUGGGGCUAUAGGAGCGCAGCCGCCGUCGCUCUCCAGCUUCGCUGCCGCCUCCAGCACGCCGCUGUUGGCGGACCCUGCCGGUCACCAGUUGCGCCGUCUGACGAAGCCGUGGUCCCCCGGGGAGUUGGACGGUGCCACAAGCCUAGACCCCGGGGGGGGGUCUCGUCGGCCACGAAGCUGAGUAGCCUACUCAUUUUAACUUGUAUUUGUAAUGUAUGUGUGUUUUAUUAGUGUGGGGAUUGGAAAGGAGUUUUGGGGGGGUUGAGCUAGUUCUGGGUCGGGGUCCCGUAAUUGGAUGCACUCUUAUUCACGUCAUUUAGAAGUGCAGUUGCCUAGUUUGUAGUGUGACGGGUUUUCAUGCAUCUCCAGCAGUUUGUAGUGUGACGGGUUUUCAUGCAUCUCCAGAAGUUUGUAGUGUGUGCUCUGAUGUGGUGUGUAUUUCAUUGAUGGUGUGCACAUUUUUAUUGUGCAGCCAGUUUGGGUGACCCUGAAGAGUGGUAGCUCCCCCGCCUUGCUUUAACUCCAGGUGCCCCGUUCAUGAAUGACGGAAUUUAAAUAAAGAUUGUCAUUUUAUUUGUUACUCUGUGUGGCUGUGUGUUUACUCUGGGGUUUCCGACAUUUGUCCCACGUGAUUCCUGGUUUUGGUCGCCUUUUAACCAUCCUUGGCCCAAACCCGAAUUCAUUACACUGGUGGCAGCGGUGGGAUCUUUACUGCAAGAAUGUCGGAACCGGAGAAUAAUCCACCACAACCUGCUGAGUUUGCCCCAAAUCAAGAUGCUCCCCCUGUUUCAACUAUUAAUGGUGCAACUCCCCGUCCAGUCUUCAUGCCAGAGACCUUUACUGGUGCGGGGAGAGAAUGGUCUGAUUGGGCUGAGCAGUUUGAGAUGGCCGCUGAUGUAAAUAACUGGGAUGAAUCACUCAGGCUGAAAUUUAUGGGUCUCCUAUUGGCAGGUCGAGCCCGUGAGGUCUAUAGUGGGUUAUCAGCAGCAGCUAAAACGAAUUAUACCCUGUUGAAAGAUGCUAUGGGGAGGUGUCUUGAUCCCUGUGACAGUGACGAUUGGAACAGGGCUAGCUUCUCCUCACGGAGGAGGCUUCAUAAUGAGACAGUCCGCGAGUUUGGUAUUGCUUUGCGCCGGCUGGUUGCGAGAGCCUAUCCUUCCGCGGACCUUAACACACAGGACCUAUUGGCAAGGGACCACUUUAUUACGCAUGUGGGCAGUGGGGAUUUGCGCAUCAGUCUUCGUAGUGCCAAACCUGCAACACUGGAAGCUGCAAUAAAUCUGGCUUCAGAACUUGAGCUCAUCAGAGGUCUAGAAAAUAGCCAUUUAACUCAGGAUGCUAAGGUCCGGGGGGUCUCUGAACCGAAGUCUAAGAGUGAUGAGCAGAUGGAAGUUUUAUUGGGGGUGGUGGAAGGAUUGAGGCAAGAGGUUAAGGUCUUACAGACUGCUGUGCAUGCUUUUAAAUCAAAUCUCGUACACCCUGUCCCUGUUCAGGCAGCUGCACCUCCCCCUCCCCCUCAAGCGGUCGGCACACCUGGCAAUGUUACAGUUAAACGUGAGGCUAUGGAACAGAGAGGGGGGUGUUGGGAGUGUGGGUGUAACAGGCACAUACGCCGUAACUGUCCCUAUUUGCAGGGAAACUAGAGGGGGCGUGCACAGAGGGCCCAAUGCCCGCCCCCCUUCCAGCUGUAUCCACUAGGGCCCUUGAGAAGGCGGAAGGAGGUUCCGGCUAUCUUGCAGCCAAGAUAGUGACGACCAAUCCAGUGUCCAGGAGGGCUGAUCAACCCGACUCUCGGCCACCCAGACCUUCCCGACGACAGCAUUCGGGGUUCCAGUUUGGCGCAGGUUGGGUCCAUCAUCGCCGUCCAGCCGAUCUGGGG